AUGGCCGGUCUAUUAGCGCUGGGAAUAUGUGGGUUGGUGAUAUACAUUACCGUCAAAAGCAUCUAUCGGCUGUAUUUCCACCCUCUCAGCAAGAUUCCCGGGCCAAAACUUGCCGCUAUCACAAGCGGCUAUGAAUUUUAUUUCAAUGUAAUCAAGGGAGGAAUGUUCAUCUGGGAGAUGGAGCGGCUACAUGAGAUAUACGGGCCCAUCAUCCGCAUUACCCCUCUUGAGGUGCAUAUCAAGGACUCAAGCUAUUACGAUGAGAUAUACGCCUCUAGCAAACGCAAACGUGAAAAGGCCGCUGAGUUAGUCACUCGGUUCGAUCUCAAGGGCUCGACAUUCGCUAGCAUCUCCCCAGAGGACCACCGGCAGCGGCGUUCACAUGUUGAGAAACACUUUUCAAAGCAGGCGGUCUCCAACAUAGAGCAUUUGAUAUAUGAAAACAUUGACAAACUCAACAAUCAUUUCAAACGCGCUUUUGAAUUCCAUAAAGUCAUCAGCCUCGAUGCUGGCUUUGCUGGGCUGACCUCCGAUGUCAUUCACAAAUAUGUCUAUGGUUUCAACAGUGGGAACCUUGAUGACGAUGACUUUAACACGAGUGUGAGAGACGGAAUCAACGGACUUUUCAAAUUCUCUCACGUAUUAUCCUUUUUCCCAAUCCUUCAAACCAUCAUGAACUCGCUUCCAUUGUGGUUGCUCGAAAAGCUUGACCCAUUCGUGUAUGCACUAGUGUGCCAGAAGUUGGACCUUCUUCGUCGGACAGAGGAAUUUCUGCAAAAUAAGUCCUCAAACUCGGAAACUGGCACCAUCAUGGAAGUCAUGUGUGGUCCCAGUAUGCCAGAGGAUAUGCGCGGCGCUAUUCGUCUCAGCAAUGAAGGAUUUUCAUUGAUUAUCGGUGGUACUGAAACAACUGCUCGAUCGCUAGUUAUUGCGGCAUUUCACAUAUUGGACAAUGAGUCAAUCAAAAGCAAGCUGCGAGAGGAACUGCGGACGGUGAUGCCCACUCCUGAGUCUCGACCAACAUGGAGGCAGCUUGAACAGUUGCCGUAUCUGUCUGCAGUUGUGUGGGAAACAUUACGUGUGUCUACUGGGAUUGCAAGUCGAUCGCCUCGUGUCGCACCUACUGAAGCAUUGGUCUACAAGAAUCACGUCAUCCCUGCUGGAACUCCAGUCAGUGAGACCCACUAUUUCGUUCUCACAGACCCCCAGAUCUUCUCCGAUCCGCACACCUUCGACCCAGACCGAUGGUUACGUGCCGCAGCGAAAGGGGAACAUCUGGAUAAAUAUAUGGUCAACUUUUCCAAAGGCAGUCGGAUAUGUGUGGGCAUGAACUUGGCCUAUGCGGAGCUGUUUCUUGUACUGGCGAGUUUUGUCCGUCGUUUUGACAUGGAACUGUUUGAGACGAGAGCAAAGGAUAUUGCUUUUGCGCGUGAUUUUGGAACUCCAUAUCCCGACGAGGGGAAUUCCCGCGUGCGAGUUAUGGUCACAAAGGUGAUUGAGGAGUGA